UAGGACACAGCAGACACAACUGCCCUGUCGCUGUCAGCACUCACGUCCAUACCUAACCGCUUACUUUCUUAUUUUUCUCAGGACCACGGCGAAGAUCCACCACUUUCUGUAUUCUGGCAUUUUCUUUUUUUGCCAAGCGCUUAGUUGCCAUGUCUUCCAUCAAACCCUCGAAAACAGAGCCUCCAUCUUCGGCUUUGAAAGAGUCCAUGACAUUAAAAUCUGGAUUUCGACACACAGUGUUUUCCCUUAAUGGGGAUAAAUACACCGGAGAAUGGCAGGACAACAGGAAGCACGGCAUUGGAAUUCAAAUGUGGAAGAACACUGGCGCCGUUUACAAUGGUGAAUGGAGAUUUGGCAAAUACGAUGGAUAUGGCACUUACUAUGUGUUAGACCCUGAAUCAAAAGGUUAUGUGUGGAAGUACGAUGGAGAGUGGAAAAAUGGAAAGAAGCAUGGCUACGGGAUUUACUUCUACAAUAACACGGCAGUGUAUGAAGGGGAGUGGAGCGAGGGCCAACGGAGCGGGCGGGGAAAAAUGUUCCAUGAGAACAGAGACAUCUAUGAGGGAGAGUGGAUGUGUGAUAAGGAACACGGGGAAGGAAAACUCUUGUAUGCAAAUGGAAGCUGGUAUGAGGGCUCCUGGAAAGACGGCAAGAGGAAUGGCAGCGGCAAGUGUUACAAUUCUGAAAAAGGCCUGCUUUACGUAGGCUUCUGGAUAGAUGGCGAAGCAAAAUGUGGAACCCUGUGUGAAUAUGAAAAGGACAAAGCCCCAGAACCAUCAAAGUGUAAAUUUCCAAAGCUACAUCUGGUGGACCCAGAGCAGGUUUUAAAGGAAGCUCAGUCAGUCCUAAUAUACACUAGUAAAGACUAAAUAUCUGAUGAA